AUGUCUUGGGCGAUUGAACUGUCGGAGUACCAGAUCAAUUAUGAGCCAAGAACCGCCAUUAAGGCUCAAGCUCUCACAGAUUUCAUAGCCGAGAUGACACACUCCUGUACUGCUGAUAGCCAAAUCGCAGAAACCCCACGGUUGGCAGUAUGGAAGUUAUAUGUGGAUGGUUCUACCAAUGCCAAAGGAUCCGGUGCCGGAAUGAUAAUCGAAAAUUCAAAUGGUGUGGCGGUUGAGCACUUCUUAUCUUUCAACUUUAGCACCACUAACAAUCAAGUGGAAUACGAGGCCAUGAUAGCAGGCCUACUUCAAGCCAAAGAUUUAGGAGCCCAGCAUCUUAAAGUCUUCAGUGAUUCUCAGCUGGUGACAUUCCAAAUUUCUGGUGAAUAUCAAGCUAAAGGGCCUUUGAUGUGCAAAUACUUGGAGAAAGUCAAGGAGAUAAUGUUGACCUUUGAGGCGGUCGAAGUGGAGCACAUCAGGCGAUCGGAAAACACGCGCGCAGAUAUUCUCGCCAAGCUGGCAAGCACUAAAAGCCCUGGUAAUAAUCAUUCUGUCAUUCAGCAUAACCUGCCUAACCCAGGCAUCAUCAUGAGUAUUAUAGACAAAGCUGAAGGAGCCGCCGAAAACACCUGA